AUGGCGCAAAAUGUCGAUGCGAAAAAGUACUAUGGAUACCUGUUCGAGGCCGACAAGAAGCCGACCCAGGUGCUCGAUGCACUGCUGCGCGGCAUCGCAAUCUACAUUAGCACGUCAAUAGGAAACACCGAGCAGAAGAAGCUCACGCCCGACAAACUAGCCACUUUCUAUAAGGCUGUAGGAGGCAACUACGACUGGUGUCAGCAGACGCUGCAACCGACCGCCGACGACUUCGCACCUCCCUCCAUCCCCGCUCUCACAAAGAAAGGCUUCGUGCGCUGGCAGUCCAUCGAGAUAUUGCUAGGGCCAGACGAACACGUCCCCUUCAUCCAAACCGCCGUCCGCACCUUCAACAUCAAGAACCCCGACACAGGCGAGCCCUUCCCCCUCGACCUACCCACCAGCGCCUUCCCCCUCGUCGCCGACAAGGAAAUCGAGAAAUGGCAUAACGCAUGCGCCGAGAAACUGCGGCAGCGCGCGACACCUACAGACGAGGACAUCCGUCCCCAUCUCCCUCCAAGACCUCGAGUCCAGUCUGGCUACACACACGUCCGUCCGCCGCGACGCGCGGAAACAGAUAAUCCCUACUUCGACAACCACAACACGAAAUCGCGGUCAUCUCGCCCUAUUUCAUAUCAACACGUCACGGGCCCGCCCGUGAGACCUAAGCUCAGCCGCUCGCCCUCACACACAGCAAGACAGUUCCUAGCACCAGAAGACAGCCACUCUCCCCGCCUCGCGCGCUCCCGCCGUCGUUCGGUCCCCGAGAACUUGGGCUCGAAUCCGACGAGUCCUUCAAGUCAGCUAGGAGCAGAUCUCAGACCCCCGCAGGAACAGCAUGCGAGGAGACAUAGCCAUCCUCGGCAUGCGAGACGUGGGAGCUUCUCAAGUGAUGCGUCGAGUUCGGGUGAGGGCGAGAGCCCACCGAGUCCGACUUCGAGGCCUAGACGACGGAGUCGUGCUGAUGGGGCGCCGUCUGUGCGCUACUCUACCGUCCCUCCGUCCCCCAGUGUGAAUGCUGUACCGCCACUCCUGGAUCCGAGAUUGAGACCCAGGGAUCGGGAUCUAAAUAGUAGAGAAGAAGAACUUAAGAGACAAAGUCUUCCUAUUCCGAUCGAUUUAAGUGGGAAAUUGAGCGCACCCUUUCUUCUUGGGAAGAGAAGUGCGCCGAGAGAAUCAAGCAGGAAUGGGAAUGUGCGGUGGAAGGACCUAGAUGGUGCGGAACUGUUUAGGAGGAGCGAAGAUGAUGGCAGGCCUGAGGUGAGGAGGAGAGGAAGCGGCGAGGGGAGAAGUGAUAGAGAGGGGUGUAAGAGGAGGGAAAGGGAGAGGGAUAGAGAUGGCGUUGCUUAUAGAGGGGAGAGGCCGAGACUACAUGCUAGGCGGAGUAGUCACGAGGAUUUGAGGAGGGAGAGGGAUAGAGAUCGUGAUCGGGAGGAGAGGGGUACUGGGAGUGGUGAUGGGAGAGGCUUUAGGGAACGAGAGAGGGGUCGGGAGAGGAGCUUUGCUGGUGGAGAUGUUAGAGGUGUGGAUGGGAGGCGGUAUCCGCCUCACUGA